CUAGAUCACCGAGUAAAGGUGAAACCUAUCGUUUGCAUCUCGAGAAAUCGAGGCACUUGGUUGGUAUCAGUUCUUCGCGAGGGACAAGAGAACACAAUGAAGAUAGAUACCGUGCGGUAGUAUUAGAUUUCGAAGAAAAGGGGGAAGAGCGGAAUAUAAACAAGUUCCCUGUGGUAAAUGAAACUAGUAUACCGGUGGAUGAAUUUCAAUUGGAAGAAGGGAAAGCUGGACAGAUUUGUUAUUUUGCUAUUUUUGAUGGUCAUGGUGGGUCGUUAUGCGCGGAUUAUCUUACAGAGAAUCUUCAUAAUCAUGUUGAAAAAGUUAAUGCAUUGGAUGCUGAUGGAAUUGUCUCUUCAUGGCGUAGUGUUGGAGGAUUUAAACCAAAGACAUUGAUACCGUUACUAAGCCCCGAGUUAGUUAAUAAUUCUCGAUAUCGAUCACCUGAAACUCACGAUAAUAGCAAUAGUAAUUUAUCGGUAACGAGAAAUUUUUCUUCAACGUCACUGUCUGAAACUCAGCCUUUACCAACAAAAUCGUCAAUUCCACCAACACCAAAUCUUACACUAGAACAAAGACUUACAUUAGCCUUUCUGAAAAUUGAUUAUGAACUGAUAGGCUCAAUUGGUCAAGCAGUUGGUUCAACAGCUUCCGUAGCCAUUGUGAAAUCAUUGGAUCGUUUUCCAUUUUGGUCUACCAAAGAACUCGAUAUUACAGUUGCUCAUGUUGGUGAUACCAGAGUUAUAUUAUGUGAUGUGCCUACCGGAAAAGCAAUAUCAUUAUCCCAUGAUCAUCAUCCAAGCGCAACAACGGAACAUGAUCGUCUAAGAAAAUCGGGAGGAUAUGUAAUCACUGAUUCUUUUGGUGCUGAAAUGUUUCUCGGAAGCUUAGCAAAUACUCGCGCUUUGGGUGAUUCAAAGCUGAAAAAAUUUGGUAUUACAGCAGAGCCAGAUAUAGUUAAUAAAAAGAUGAAAGGUGAAGAUGCCGCAUUCCUAGUUUUAGUUUCUGAUGGAGUUACUUCGGUAUUAAGUAAUCAAGAAAUUGUUGAUUGUGUUAAAAGUCAUACUGAUCCGACUUUGGGUGCGACAAAAUUAGUCGCUUUUGCAGAAGAACUUGGAUCAGAAGAUAACAUUACUGCUAUGGUGGUAAGACUUCCAGGAUGGGGAGCUGAAAUGCCAGAUCAUACAAAAGAACUUCGAAAAUAUCGACUCGAGAAUACAUCAAUUCGCAGGAGGACAUAA